GUCUUAAACAACCAAAAGUUGGAGGAGCUUUUGGCUUCGGCGCUGGAGAAAGUGGAGGCAGAAAUCGAGGAGAAUGAGCGUAAAGCAGAUGAGAAAGAGUAUGAGGAUUUUGUCAUGCAAGUGGAGACGAGUGUGUGCACUGACCUCAUCCACCAAUUCUACAACGUCAACCGCUACUACUCCCCUGGUGCCUGGCUUACCGCCACCGAGUGUUAA